AUGGCUCGAAAACUGAGGGCAGCUGCACAGGCAGCUGCUCAAUCAAUGCAAACGGCGCCUUCAGAUCUACCCGAUGCUUCUGAUGAAGAAAUGGCUGAUGCGCCGCCAACUAGAGAAUCGAGCGCCGAUCUCCAAACACCGCAAGACCAGGGUGAAGAUCCUAAUGUUGAACGGGAAGCCGAACAGGAGGCUGUAAGCGUACAGGAACUGCGUGAUAGCCGUGAAGGUAGUGGUGCAGUGGAAGGCGAGCCUGAGCCUGAACCCGAGCCCGAGACAGAAGUUCUUUCAAGUCCAGCGCCAGAAAUAGAUACCCCGUCGAAGUUCGGCACUCCUCGUGGCGGCGGUAGACUGGCUGGAUAUCCUCGCAAGCGUCGCGUAGGUCGCCCCCCCAAAAAUCCGCCUCCAGACUGGGACCUUCCCGAUGAUGGGACGGAGCAGAGGAUUGUGGUCACAACUCCGGUAAAAAGGAGACGCGGCAGACCUGCUGCUAGUGGAGGAAGAUGGGGACGUCGAAGCGGAAAUCCUCACGUCACGCAAGUGGCUGUUGAUAAGGAAGGCACCAUGAUGGAUGUCGUUGACGAUGAAGUUGUUCUACCCGAUGAUCCCGAUGGGGAAAAGAAGGUAGACAAAAUGGGCAACUUGCUAGGCGGAAGAGAAUACAGAGUGCGCACAUUUACAAUUCUCAAUCGGGGGGACCGACUGUACAUGUUGUCCACAGAGCCGGCGCGGUGUAUCGGAUUCCGAGAUUCGUAUCUGUUCUUCCAAAAGCACAAACUGCUUUACAAAAUCAUAAUUGACGACGACGCGAAACGCGACUUGAUCGAAAGGGAUAUCAUUCCUCAUUCCUACAAAGGGAGGGCUAUUGGCGUUGUGACAGCGAGGUCUGUGUUUCGGGAGUUUGGUGCUAAAAUUGUCAUUGGCGGACGUAAAGUCAGCGAUGAUUACAAUGAGAAGGCUGCGCUGGAACGUGGAGAUGUCGAGGGUGACCUAGCCGUACCUGAGGACAAGCUGCCACCUCCAGGGGAGCCUUACAAUAGGAAUCAAUAUGUGGCGUGGCAUGGUGCAAGUGCGGUGUAUCACACUGGAGCGCCUUCUGUUCCAUUGCCUAGCGGGAAGGCGGUAGAUCAAAAGAAGCGUAAGGUGACUGUAACUGGAGACAAUUGGAUGGUUGAACACGCCAGGGAAGCUAGCCGGUAUAACUCGGUUCUUGCGAAUGUGCGACGACAGGCCCUAGAAGGAGUAUACGAGGUGCACACCAACUUUAUGCAAUACCCAAAAACCAUGCAACCAACGCAUGCUCGAUGGGAACAUGUUCUCAUAUCGGAAGAAUCGAAAACCCCCAACAAGCUUGUUGAAGAUAUGUCAACUCUUCAUCUUACUAAUGGGACAACGCUGAAGGCCAACGAUGAUAACGAUGUCAUUAUCGAUGAUGAGGCCGACUUAUCACGAGCUACUCCUGCACCUCCCAGCAUACUGCCGCCAGUACCUACGAUAUUCACACGUCGACUCGCCAUCACAGAUGUUCACUACGAGACGGCUGAGUCCAGCACGCUUGGGCGCCCGGGCCCAGAUGGCGAUGUGCACGACGUGGGCUCGAAUGGAAUAAUCAGCAUGGCCAAUCCUUUGCAUCCAGAGUUUGUGAGUGCCGAGAUACUCGCGGAGCUUCCACCGGAUUGUAAGGAGGCAUUGGUUGAGGCAGCGGCUAGAGAAUGGGCAUGGAAGUCAAAAUGGCGCACGGAAGCGGCAGACGCAGCGCGAAGUGAAUUUAUCAAGAGUUAUGCUUGGUUUCCAUGA